AGCUCAAAGAAGGGGGAGGCCCAAACCCAGCCCAAGAGCCUAAGGAGAGACAGAGCAGGGAACAGGAGCACCAACUGUAUGCCAAGUGGAUCAUUCAUAUGCCCUGGUUAGUCCCACAUGUGCCACAUGACUAUCUACAUUGUAACGGUCAGAGAAGGUGGAUAAUUUGCUCAUGGUUGUACAACUGCAGAGUGGCAGAAUGAAACCCCAUCUCCAAUACAUCCUGCUGCCCCUGGGUCCAAGCCUGGUGACAAAUAUCAGCAUCAGUGUUGAGUGUGCCUGGGAGGGUGGGAGUGAGGCUUCUAACCUAAGUGCCUACCUGAGUCAACAAAAUGCACCAAAAAAAGGCAGGACAAUACCAAGCUAGAGAACAACAAACUUUCCUGUUUUAAUGUUUCAUGGAGAAAAAAUUAAAAAAAGAAAAAAGAAAACAAAUCAGCAAAAACUAGAAGGAAAAAGAAGAAACAACAAUGUAAAAUAAAUAAUACACAAAGUAGGAUAGAAGGAAUGAGAUCAAUUGAAUCUACCAUUAUCUAAAUAUGAAUGGGUUGAAUUUUCUAUCAUUACAAAAUAGAUGUGUUUAGAAAAAACAAAACCCAGUUAUGUGCUAGGUAUAGAAACACACUUAAAGUGAUGAAAAUGGCUAACAAUAAAGGGGUGACAAAGAGAAAAUAGACAAAUACAAAAAACAAGGGCAAGAAUUGAAAUGUCAGUAUCAGAGUGGAAUUUAAGGUUAAAAACACUCCACAGCAUAUUAUGUAAUGACAAAAGUCACAAUCUAUUAAGAAGAUAUAGUGGCAGUAAACUCUAUGUCCCAAUUAUCAGAGGAACUGAAUACUUCAAAAGCCACUAGAAAUGCAGGGAACUUGAUAAAAAGUAAAAAUACAAUUAGAGAAAUUAAUAUACCUCUUUUAGAACUAGAUAUAAUCAAUAGACAAAAAAUAAAGACAUAGAAGAAUUGAAUAAUGCAAUUAGUAAACCUGAUGUGAUGGCUCUAUAUAACCUGAUCUGAUGGCUCUUUGAAUAGAGGUUGCACAUUUUUUUUUGGUUAAUAUUCAUGGAACAUAAAAAUCAAAUAAAUUUUGGCCAGCAGCACCCCCGCCCCCAAAAAAAUUUAGAAACGAAUAAUUAACAUGUGGCUAUAAAUAUUAUAACUGUGUAAAAAUUAAGAAACAUUCUGUUGCAUCAGAGAGAAAAGUUAAAGAAGAUUACAAACUGCCAAAAAGCAACAGAAAACACACAUUAUACCCAAACUUGAUAGCAUAUAGCCAAAGCUGUACUCAGAAGAAAAAUGUAAGCUUUAAAUGCCUUCAGAUGGAAUUUUUUUUUGGGUGAAGGAAUAUAUUACUUAUUCUCCUUAAUAAGGUAGCAAAAAGCCACCAAAAAAAAAAAAAAAAAAAAA